CUUGAACAUUUGGAGUUUCCAGGGGUUUGCAGACCAUUGGGGCUCAGAAGGCACCUCGAAAAGAACUCAGAGAACCCAACAAUGUCUCUGUACUGUGGAACAUUUUUCAGGAGGAAAUCUUUUGGGUGCUAUAGGCUGCUGUCAACCUAUGUCACUAAGGCACGAUACUUAUUUGAGUUGAAGGAAGACGACGAGGCCUGCAGGAAGGCCCAGCAGACAGGGCUGUUCUACCUCUUUCAUGACCUGGACCCUUUGCUUCAGGAAUCAGGACAUCGAUACCUGGUGCCCCGGCUUAGCCGAGCAGAGUUGGAAGGGCUGCUGGGUAAGUUCGGACAGGAUUCGCAAAGAAUAGAAGAUUCAGUGCUGGUUGGAUGCUCCAACGAGCAGGAAGCAUGGUUUGCUUUGGAUCUGGGUCUGAAGAGUGCCUCCUCUGUCCGAGCCUCUUUGCCGAAAUCUGAAAUGGAGGCAGAGCUCGGAGGUUCUUUCGUCAAGCUGAGGCAGGCUCUUCUCCAGCUGAACUCGGUGGACUCCUCCUUGCUGUUCACGGCUCAAGCUCUUCUCCGCUGGCAUGACGGCCAUCAGUUCUGCAGCAAAAGUGGGCAGCCCACCCAGAAGAACAUGGCGGGCAGCAAGCGAGUGUGUCCCUCCAAUAACAUCAUCUAUUAUCCACAGAUGGCCCCCGUAGUGAUCACGCUGGUGUCGGAUGGGGCCCGAUGCCUGCUCGCCCGCCAGAGCUCCUUUCCCAGGGGAUUAUACUCUGCCCUGGCAGGUUUCUGUGACAUAGGUGAAAGGGUGGAAGAGGCUGUCCACCGAGAGGUUGCGGAAGAGGUGGGCCUGGAAGUGGAAAACAUCCAGUACUCCGCGUCCCAGCACUGGCCCUUUCCCAACAGCUCCCUCAUGAUCGCCUGUCACGCGACCGUGAAACCAGGGCACACCGAGAUCCAAGUGAACUUGAAGGAACUAGAGGCAGCCGCAUGGUUCAGUCUGGAUGAGGUGGCCACAGCCCUGAGGAGAAAGGGCUCAUUUGCUCAGCAGCAGAGAGAGGCUUCCCCGCUGAUGCUGCCUCCCAAGUUAGCUGUCGCCCACCACAUGAUUAAGGAGUGGGUGGAGAAGCAGAGCCGCUCUUCCCUAGCUGCUUAGCUCAGAUGCAGCCUGGAAUCUGGAUCCCUCCCUUCCCGGCAUUGCCGCAGGGGCUCUGGGGAUGAACUGCAAAAGGAGGUGACAAAAGCUGCCACGGACUCCAGGACAGCCUCGGGGCAGAAGUUCUACCACAAGAGGUGCCUUCUAAUGGCUCACCAAAAGCGUCAGCUUGUCCCAGCUACUAUGGAGACGGAGGCAAGAGCAUCAUCGCUUUUGCCCCAACAACCCAGGCAACACACUAGACACUGUCACUUAAGAACAACCCAGACACUGCAGGGAGGAGGGUUGACCGAUGGGACGCUCUGUGAAGAGCUGAGGGAAGGUGCUGAUGCUGGUGUCUGGGUGUAGCUGUUUUCUCCAAGGCUGUGGGGACAAACACCCUCUGGCCUGGGCUGGUUGGUGUUGCGUUUACAGGAACUGCUAAACGUCCCAGGAUAAGCUCUUGCUGCCAAAUAUUCACAAUUCUCAACUCACAUUUGAGUUGCUAACAUCCUCACAGAAAAAUAGCAUUUUACAUGCUUUCGAAUUCAUGUGUAGAUGUACUUUUUAAAUGUUUAUUUUAUUAUUAUUUGCCUAAGUGUUUGCCUGCUGGUAUGUCUCUGCACAACUUGCAUUAGUUCCUGCGGAGGCCAGAAGAGGGUGAACUGAAGUUAGGCUGUGGUGAGCUGCCCAGUGGGUGCUGGGAACCAAACCUGGAUCUUCUGGAAGAGCAGCCAUCUUUCCAGCGCCUGUAGACACAUUCUCGUAUGUGGCAGUUAAUGACUUUAGUAGUCGUUGCUGCAGAUCAAGCUAGGGCUACAUGCUCGGUAGAGACAUGACCUACUAUGGAGGUGUAUCCUCAGCCCAAGAGUUAUGGUUUUGUUUAUUUUUAAGCUCUGAAGGGAUGAGGAAAGUGGGAGCAAAGGUCUUCCUCAGAGUGUUCUUUUGAAGAAGCCAAAACCCGGAAGGGCGCACGAUGACGAUUUAAGACUAUGCUGUCUUUUCUUCUCUUUUACUUGCUCCGCUUGUGACCCAGGGAAAAACUACACAUGAAACAGCGCUGGAGUCCUUGCACGCCGAGGGCACGGCUUCAGUGAGGGUCAGUGAGGACAAGCAAGCACUAAGUCUGAAGCCCUCAUCCCCUCCCAUGGUGCUAGAGACUGAACUCGGACCUCAGGCAUAGGCAGCCUGUCGCUGGCCUGUAUCCCAGACCCCUGUGUCAUCUGUAUCUUGCACUGUAAGGGAGACGUUUCUCUGAGGAAAAUAAAUCUUCAUGCCUUUA